GUGAGCAGCCAUGGAGGGAUUUGUCUAUCCCGCCCCGGUCCCUUACAGCAAUGCAAAGCCGAGGCAACAGAACUGGAGGCAGAAACACUACCCGCCGGUCAACGUGGAAGCGGUGGAGUACUUGGACAAUUACAAGAGGGCGCAGCUGAAAGCUAUCCUCUCCCAGGUGAACCCCAGCCUCACUCCUCGUCUCAGGAAAGCUAACACCAAGGAGAUUGGCAUUCAGGUCAAUCCAAAAGUAGACGCUUCUGUGCAAUGUUCACUGGGACCCAGGACCUUACCUCGCCAGAAGCGACGUCCUGGAAGCGAGGGGGCGACCCGAGCAGCUCGCUCGCCCUCUCCCAUUAGGGCCGGAGACGCCACCAACGAUCCCAAGGAAACUGGGGCCACUGCCCGGUCCCCAACCGUCGUGAGGUUCUCUCGGCCCAUCGCCGUCUCCAUCUACUCACCUGUCUUUGACCAGUGUCCGGGAGAAACGAACCGUGGACGCAAGGUCCCUCCGGAGGAAGAGGAAUCUGAUCCACAGCUGGAGAAAGAUUCUGGACCUCCUGAACAAAAGGUUGCAGACGUGAAAGACCAAGUGCAAGCGGAGCAGAAAGAAGACCAAGCAGCGGAGGCAAACGCGAGCAAGCAGAGGUUUCGCUUCCAGUUUCUGGAACAGAAGUAUGGUUAUUACCACUGCAAAGACUGCAACAUCAGAUGGGAAAGUGCUUAUGUUUGGUGUAUUUCAGGAACUAAUAAGGUUUACUUCAAGCAAUUUUGCCGCAAGUGUGAUAAGGGAUAUAAUCCUUACAGGGUGGAAGCUAUUCUAUGUCAGACUUGUUUCAAAAACUGCUGCUCUUGUACUCAGAAGAAGCGGCACAUUGAUCCAAAGCGACCACAUCGCCAGGAGUUGUGUGGCCGUUGCCGGGGCAAGCGUUUAUCCUGUGACAAUACGUAUAGCUUCAAGUAUAUUGUUUGAAAUUGGGCACCAUUUGUGUGAAGAUGAAAUACUGAUCUUGUGUGGUACUUGGUUACUUACCUAGCACAGACAACUUGUAAA